UUUUAUUAACAUAAUGCAAAGUUGAUCCAAUAGGAAAGUGUUCUGCAUUGUUUGUGUUAUCGUUCUAAAAACUCUGUCGGUAUCAAAAUUGGAUGGUGCAACAUUGUUAUGGGUAUUGUCAAUGAUUGGCAUACAUGUGGCAAUAUUCGAUCUACGCUCCUGCAGAGAAGUUAUUCUAUAACUCGUACGAGCGAGAUACAUAAUUUAACGUCACUGCAGACUUUUUCGAGUUUUGUACGUGCAUAUGAAAAUAUUCAAUUGACGUACAGCUCAAACCACUACACCAUUUUACAGUAAUCCACUGUCGUAUUUGAUUAACAGCUCGGACACUUAUGCGAUUAUUCCUAAUUCAGUCCGCUCUGUUCCUAAGGCAGACGCAUAAUUACAGAGCAUAACAUUUAAGGGAUGUGUAAAAGUUUAGUCUCAUACCCGGUGACACCUCAUCCACCAACAGGUUUUGUCCCUGCGCCGACACAGCCUGCUACCUACGGUGGUGCACUUGCAGGUGCCGCACCGUAUGGAGUGUUUCCUAAUCAGCCACAACUGUAUGCAGCCCAGGGCCCACCGCCGCCGACAUAUGAUCAAACUCUUACGCAUCCUAUGAUGUAUCAACCAAUGUAUGGUCAAGGAUACCCAGGAUACUUAGCAAAUGCAUGUUAUCCUACAUAUGGGCCAUUACAAUAUUAUCCGCCGUUAGCUGCAGCUGCAGCAUAUUAUCCUGCAGCAACGAUGCAGCCUCCAGUUAGGCCCCCCACAAUUGUGAUGCCUAAUGGUUUCGAUGCUACUAAUCGAUUCGAUAGUAUCUCACAACCCGUCUUGCCACCGCCUCCGACAGUUCCAAACGCCGCCCAACUAGCUGCAAUGGCUAGUCACAGUGUGGCUAUAUCGCAAAAGAAAAACUUCCUAGGAGGAGGAACAGAGGGCGGUUACACCUUUUGGUAAACCAUUAUACCUUUUGUGAAACACUAAGUUUAACAAAGGCAUUGUUGUCGAGAUGAUCCAUGUAGGCAAAUCUGAUUUUUGUGUUAGAGUUCUACUAUUUUCACAUUGGGAGCAGCUAUUAAUUAGUAUACCUUGAGCGCGGACCGAUCGUAAAUCAGUACUUUUUUAAACGGAAUUCGCAAUGUUUUCUAGAGUCUAUUAAAAAAAUUCGUUCCUCCAGUCGGAAACACUUAACUAUAUAGAAUGGACAAAUAUGAUCGGUACAUACAUGUGGUUUUAAGAUCGUAGCGAUCGGUCUGUGCAUCGAAUGUACUACGAAAUUUAAUAGGAGGAAUAUUAACAAAGGAAUACUCGUGCGACGCUGGUCAUACGAUUCCAAAACUGUUACUUGAAUUAACUCGAAAAAGACCAGAAGUAUAUUUUGUAAAGUAACGAUACGUGGAAAUUUCAUAAACCAGCGUGUUUAAUUAAAAAUACGUCAUGGUCUUGAUGGUGAUUUCGCGAGAACGAUCGAGCGAUACAUGAAUUUGUUGACGUAUUUAAAAUAGAAUUUAAGAAGACGGUAAUUAUUUCACUAGAUAAAACGACGGAUAUCAAUUUAAAUUGUAUGACUGCCACAAAAAUCUUAGGAUCAAGUAAUUUCAGAACGUAGCACUGCAAAAUACAUUUAAUAUUCCAACGUUAUGAAAUUUAAAACAUUCCCAAGUAUGUUUUGCUCGAUCUUUCUAUAGUUAACGGCUGCUAUAUUCCGAAACGCACGAGAUGUUCCAUUUUUUAAUUUAAUAAAAGGGUCAUUGAGCGCGAGCGAGAGUAGGGAACACGGUGGUUGUUCUUCUUUUUAGAGUUAGCGGGUGAAUACGUGCACCACUGGAUGCGAGUUGUCUCAUUCGCCUACAGGGAUCGAUAUUCAAAGUGUGUUCUAAGCCUUUUUUAAGUGCGACUUGGUUUUCUGCAAGGCAAGCCGAAAAGCAAAGGGGCUGCUCACGUUAUUUCUGUUACUUUUUACACGACUACAUUUUUUCGAGAUUUUGUUUCACUCCUGGUGUUCUCCAGUGAGGUUUCUUUUCCAAAGUAAAUUCUUUACUUUGUGAAAAAAGAUCAUUAUGGGUAGCCCUAACGUUUAGAGAAAAAAAGAAUAUGUACGUGAUAGGAGCCUGAAGAAUGCGUGAGAGUCAUUCGUGGUUGUGAAGCUAACACGCUUUGUAUUUUACAUUCGACGAAUAUCUGUUAUCAUCCUUUUUAUUUUGAUAAGAAUUUUAAUCAAGUUCGAACACUUUGAAAGGGUUUCUUUCCAACAUCAUUAGAUCAUGCAACAGCAACACUUUUUAUAACUUAAAGGGUGACGAUCAUGCUCAAGGCUCGAGUGCCAAACAGCAGAAAUUAAAAUUAUAAAUACCGAAGAUUCUCACGUAUUCGACGACUUCGAAGAUACUUACUACUCUACCUAAAAGUACGCACUCUCUUCUUUAAAAUCAGUAGUCUUUCCUUCUAGUUGUUUGAUGUUUCUUUUUUAAACGCAGAUUAGCUAGGUCGGCUAACAAAGUUAUUAUUUAAUUGAAAUGAAAGGCUUGUCCGCGGCGCACGAAUUUCUUCAAGCAGGUUAAAUUGUGCUUUGAUUGAAACAGUUACCAUGUAGUAAUGUUCGAGAUACAUAACCAGGCGUUUUCUCGUUUCUAGAUAGGUAUCCAAACAUUCGAAUUAUACCACUGGUCUGAGUGACAUCUAAAGCAGUACAAGAGACAUCCAUCUAGAAACGUGUAAAAAUUUUACAAAGUUUUUCUUUAAAGGUGUCUAAUAACUGUAUGGGAACUGGUUUCGACCGAAGCUCGCGAAGGAAACAAAUAGUUGACUCAAUUUCAAAGUACAAAUUGAAUAUCCAUGUAAGUAGAGGAAAAAUUCGUGACGACGUGGUUAAGCCUUAUGCCAGCCAUAUUAGGCGAGUUGCAAUGAUGAUACGGUAAGCAAUGCAGCGAGUUCGUAACGCCUACGAUUAAAUACAAUGCAGAAUUGUUGAUAACAACAAUGUAAUAUUUUCUGAGAACUUGAGACCUAUUGUAAAAUUAAAAAGACACACAAAUUACGGCGAUCAUGAACUAGUUGCACAGCUACGAAACAAGUGUUUUGCUCCGCGAUGAUCACAGCAUAUAGUGCGGUGUGAGCCUGCUGAUAGGACACUUUGAAUGUUCCAUUCUGCAGGUGCACAAUUAAAUACGAUAUUAAUUAAGCAAUGAAGAUCGGAGAAACUAAUUUACAAUCGGUGAUAGCUUAGGAUAGGACCAAGAAACGCAGUUCUAUUUAGAAAUUUUUCGAAUGGGUGUUCCGGCAAACUUGACCAGUACUCUUAUAUGUUUCGCAUUGGACUUUACAAGGAUGGACAUUUAAUUAGUCCUGUCCAUGGUAUUCAAAGUCAUUUCUGCUCCGCAACUGGAAAUUAGAGCAAAUUACAAUUUAAUUGGAUACAAAUCAAAGUGAUUUCUAUUUUAGUUUAAAACUUAUUAGUUGAAUUUCUAUAAAAUAUUUAUUGCUUGAAAAUUGUAAAUUUUACAUCCAUUUUUAGAGCAUUGUCCGCAUUUAAAUUUUGCGCUUAAGCAAAAACUUCCAAAAUUUGAUAUACUGUUCUUUGUAUUUUUGUGAUAUCCGAUUACCUCAAAAUCCGAACCAGAAUUCGUAGGUCUAUACUUGUCUUGUUUUGUAUCGUCGUCGAAUCUAGUUCAAUUUCUAUGAGGAAGAAAACGUGUGAGCAAUAAUUGGAACUGAAAUUUGUAUGAGGCGAAACGCACGACUGGCCAAAUUUGUUGCCACAGCGCCGUAACCUACGUUCACCUUGUACCUUCAAUUCUUUUUCUACCAGGCGUAUCUACAGCUACUCACAUAUGACCAGCGUUUGAUAAAGCAGCGCGUAAUCUCAAUCUUAUUAAAAAAAAAAUCUAGUCCGAAGAGUCUGACUGAUUGGGAUACAAAAUGUUACAUAGACCUUUUUUUUCUCAAUCCGUGCGACGCCAGGUGCGAAAUAUACCGCAGCAUUCACUUAUACCUCGAGACAUCUGAGAAAAUUGACAUUUCCCAAAACUCAUGCCAUUCCACUUAACGACAUUGAGCCACAAACGACACAUGUACGAGUCAUAUUUAGGAGUUUUGAACAAGCGCAUGGCGAAGAAAAACAAAGUAGUGUCGUUGUUCGAAAUGUAAACACUCGUCGAAUGUUUGCGAAUUUGCAUAUCGGCGAAGGGCUGCCUCUACUGCUAGCUACUUCGCUUACCUUUAUAUUGCGCAAUAAAUGCACCGAGCCACCUUAAUCUUUGCAGCUACGACAAGAAUUGAAAAGGGAUUGAAGACGAACACUGUACAUUAAUCUUCAAGAACAAAUAAGAAAGAUAUAAAGCCCAA